AUGAGUGAUUCGAACGCUAUCAUUGGUAUCAACUUUGGCACGUCGUAUACGUCCAUCGCAUACUUGAACAAGGAGGGACGUGCUGAUUGUUUGGCAAACGAAGAGGGUGAUCGUCAGAUCCCUUCUGCUCUCGCAUUCCAUGGUGAAGAAGAGGUGGUUGGCUCUCAAGCAAAAUCUGAUAUUGCUCGCCACACUGAUACGACUGUUGCCAACUUCCGUGCCGAGCUUGGAAAGAGCUUCAGCCAAAGCGAGAAUCUUCCUGGUUCGGCUGCUCCCGUUAUCGAAAAGGAUGGUCAACCUGCUUACAAUAUCACACUUCCUGAUUCUACUGUCACCUUUACUGCUUCCGAAGUGUCAACCAAGUUCCUCCGCCAUAUUCGUGAAUCUGCUGAAGCUUUUCUUGGUACCGCUGUCUCUGGUGCAGUCUUAGCUGUUCCUUCUCAUUUCGAUGAUAACCAACGCAAGGCUCUUACCCAAGCCGCUGAAGCUGCUGGCAUCAACGUUCUCCAAUUGAUUCACGAAUCUGCAGCAGCUGUCCUUGCUUAUGAAGCUGCCAACAAGUCUGAAAAGAAGGAUAAGACAGUUGUUGUUUGUGAUUUGGGUGGCCAUUCUCUUGAUGUUACUGCAUUGACUGUACGAUCGGGUCUCUACUCUGUUCUCGCUUCUGCUCACGACGUUAAGCUUGGUGGAUCAUCGUUUGACGACUUGCUCAUCAACCACUUCUCUGCUGAAUUCAAAAAGAAGACCAAAGUCGACAUUGCAUCCAACCGCAAGGCACUUGCCAAACUCCGUGGUGCCGUUGAGGUGACUAAGAAGAUGCUUUCCAGUGCCAACACUGCUCCUUGUUUCGUUGAAUCACUCUGUGAUGGUCUUGAUUUCCAUGGCACAAUCAACCGUAUGCGAUUCGAAAUUAUGGCCAACAAGGUCUUUAGCAAGGUAUUAGAUGUCGUUCGACAAGUCCUUGAUAAGGCUCAAUUGGAUGCUUCCGAAGUGGAUGAAGUUCUCCUUGUUGGUGGUUCCGCACGUAUCCCUAAGCUCGCCAUCAAGAUGCGUGAGAUUUUCACAUCCGAUGAGACCGUUGUCCGUGCUACAGAACUCGAGGCUGAUGAAGUUGUCGCUCGUGGUUGUGCCCUUCAGGGUAACUUGUUGGCUGGUUAUGAUAAGGAGACCAUUGAUGCAUCACAAGAAGCUGUCAUUACUGUUGCUCCACACACUUCCAAGGCUAUUGGUACGGUGAACGCCAAUGGUGAUUUCGUUACCAUUAUUCCCAGUGGUACUUCUCUCCCAGCACGCCGUACCUUUGAAGUUGGUGUCGCCGAUGCCCAGCAUGCUUACUUGGCUAUUCACGAAGCCGAGCGAGUCAUUGAAAAGGUGGAGAUCCCUGUGGAACCUGUGGAGACUGAGGAAGAUGAGGAACCCAUUGAAGAGGAACCUGAGAUUGUCACCAAGGUCGUCUAUAAGCCCGCAACUUGCUUGGCUGAAGCUUGUCUUCCUCUUUCCAAGGGCAAGGAUACCAAGGUGGAGGUGCAAAUCACUCUUGAUAAGGAUAGCAAGAUGGACCUUGUGAUGCGUGAAAAGAAUGGUUCUAAUAUUGUCAAGGUUGCUGGCAAGCAGUAA